AUGCCACCCGCAAGAUCACACUCGCAGUCGACACUAAAGCUAGCCAUGGAGUGGGGUCGGGUCGUACUUCGAUCCCACUCCAGCCACCAUUGUUAUAAAUCGACGGAGCUUGGUACUUUUUGGCACCAUAUAUUGACACGUCCUGGUCCCAAUCAGCGCCACCAAACCGUCCUUUUCGCCACCAGAGCCAUCACAGGUUUAUGUCUGCCGGUCCAUCACAAACACAUACCAACAAAAGGAAGUGAACAGAGUGCAGGUUAUGAUCUGUAUGCAAAUGAUGUAGGAGUAUUGCAACAAAAUGAAAGAAAAUUAAUUUCAACUGGUGUAAAAAUGCAAAUUCCGAAUGGAUGUUAUGGGCAAAUAUGUGCACGAAGUUCAAUGGCAUUAAAGGGUAUAGAUAUAGGAGCUGGUGUCAUCGAUUCAGAUUAUACUGGUGAAAUAAAAGUGCUAUUGAUUAAUAAUAGCAUUAAUAAUUUUGCCUAUAUUCAUGGAGAUAAAAUUGCACAAAUUAUUAUAUUACCAUUGAAAAAAGUGACAAUGUUUAAUGCAACUUUUAAACAAACACAAAGAGCUGACAAAGGAUUUGGUUCUACUGGAAAAUAA